GCAGCUUUGACACGCGCAGCAACACGAGAACACCAAAUACUGUUUGAUCCCGCCCCUGGGAAAACCCUCUUCGACACCAAUGCCAGCCCAGCGGACAUAGCAACAAAAAUGAAAGCAGCUUUCUCAGCAGUGCAAACGGAGGACGCCCCUUCCAUCCAAGUCAAGGCCACCAUAAGAUUACGUAAUGGUGGUCUCAUUAUAGAACUAACCUCUACAGACGCAGCCAACUGGAUACGUCUACCAGAGAACAGACUCAAAAUCAUUGAAGUCCUCGGAAUUCCAGCGUCGAUCAAAGAACGUAGAUUCUCUAUUAUAGUACCCUUCAUGCAAACGUCCUCCGAAAUCGAAAACACCGACUGGCUACGCCUAGUGGAGGAAGAAAACGACCUCAAUAAAGGCGCCAUCAAAUCAGCUCAAUGGAUCAAACCACGUCUAAGGAGAGCGCCCAAUCAGAGAGUUGCUCACGCCAUUCUUCACUUCACAGACUCCAACGCCGCCAAUAUCGCACUACAAGACGGCCUAUAUAUCAACAAAGAAAAAUUACACCCACGCAAGGACAAGAAAGAACCAGUACGCUGUGUCAAGUGUCAACUAUGGGGUCACAUCGCUAGGGAUUGCCAUGCGCCCCGAGACACGUGCUGGAACAUGCGGUAA